AUGCCCAAGAUCGACACGUACGGCACGCAGCAGCCUUUGGCGCUCCUGAAGUUCUUGGUGGAACGGUCGUUCAUGUACGAGCGCGGCGGGGACCUGGACAAGCUCAUUAUCCAAGACUGCCAGUACAUCUCGGCAAUGCAGCCACCAGGCGCUGGGCGCAACCCGAUCGACCCUCGCGUGGUGAGCCUCUACGCCUGCAUGGGCAUCACCUCCCCCAGCCUGGAGACGGUCGAGAGGAUCUAUGCCAGUAUCCUCAAGAACAGCUUCAUGGGCUUCGACACGAUGGUGCAGGAGUGCGUCAUGCAGCUGCCGCAGGUGACCAUGCAGCUGCACCAGGCCGUGAUCGACAACCUGCCGCCCACCCCGACGAAGUUCCACUACAUCUUCAGCCUGCGCGACCUGUCUCGCGUCUUCCAGGGCAUCUGCCAGGCCGAUCCUCAGGCCGUGAGCAGCGCCCCCGUCCUGGUGCGCCUCUGGAGGAACGAGUGCUCGCGCGUGUACGAGGACCGCUUCACCGACGACGCGGACAAGCGCUUCCUGUCCGAGGGGCAGCUGGAGCGCCUCAUCAAGCAGGAGUUCUCGAAGAGCGCCGACGUGGCCCUGGCCGACCCGCUCGUCUUUGGCGACUUCCGCGACGUGCUCGACAUACUGGUCAAGAGCGAGAAGCCGUUCGAGGACCCGCGGACGUACGAGGACCUUGGCAGCUGGGAGAGCGUCCGCCCGAUUCUCGACGGCGUCCUGGAGCUGUACAACGGGGACAACACUCCGAUGAACCUGGUGCUCUUCAACGACGCCCUGUCCCAUUGCAUGCGCCUCCACCGCAUCAUCCGCAUGACCCGCGGCAUGGCGCUCCUGAUCGGAAUCGGUGGAAGCGGCAAGCAGUCUCUCACGAAGCUCGCCACGUUCACCGCCGGCUACGAGAAGUUCGAGAUCACCUUGUCCCGCGGCUACGGCGACGAUGCGUUCAGAGAUGACCUGAAGCUGAUGUACUCCACGGCCAUCAAGAAGCCAGUGAGCUUCUUGUUUACCGACGCGCACGUGGUGCAGGAGGGCUUCCUGGAGUACAUCAACAACAUCCUGACCGUGGGCAUGGUGCCAGCGCUCUUCCCCGACGACGAGAAGGAGCCUCUUGUCUCCGCCGUGCGUGCCAGGGCGAAGGCCGAGGGCAUCCAGGAGUCGCAGAUGUGGGCGUUCGCCUGCGGCUGCCUGCGCGACAACCUGCACCUGGUGCUGGCCAUGUCGCCGGCCGGCAGCCAGCUCCGCGCCCGCUGCCGCAACUUCCCCGGCCUCGUGGCGGGCUGCACCAUCGACUGGUUCUUCUCCUGGCCAGACCAAGCGCUGCUCGCCGUCGCGGAGCAUGUUCUGGCCAACGUGCAGCUGCCGGAGGAGAACAAGGUCGGCAUCAACCAGACCAUGAGCUACGUGCACCUGUCGGUCACGACCACGUUUUCGCCAGACUUCGAGGCCAAGUACAAGCGCCGCAACUUCGCAACGCCGAAAAACUUCUUGGACUUCCUGGCGAACUACACGAAGUUUUUGGAGAACAACCGCAAGAACCUUGACACCAUGUCUGGACGCCUGGAAGGAGGUCUCUUGAAGCUGGUGCAGGCUGCCGAGCAGGUCACCGAGAUGUCCAAGGAGCUGGAGACGAAGAAGGUCAUUGUGGACGAGAAUGCGGAGAAGGUCAGCCAGCUCAUCCAUACAAUCAACGACAGCACGAUCAUCGUCACCAAGCGCCAGGAGGAGGCCAAUGCCGCUUCAGAGCAGAUCUCGAAGGACUCCGUCGUGAUCGCGGCGGAGAAGGCCGAAGCCGACGCGGCCCUGACCCUGGCGAUGCCGGCUCUGGCGGCCGCCGCCGAGGCGCUGGAGAACUUGGACAAGAAGGAUUUGUCGGAGAUCAAGGUCAUGGCCACGCCGCCGCCGCCAGUGAUGAUCGUUUGCAUGUGCGUGUGCAUUCUGAGGCCGUUGGGCAAGGAGGAUGGCGAGGCCGGCUGGGCGGGCGCCAAGGUGAUGCUGUCGGACGCGUCUCUGCUGAAGGCCCUGCAGGAGUACAAGAAGGACGAGAUGAAGGAGAGGCAGGUUCUGCAGAUCAGGAAGCUCCUGAACAAGGAGAAGGAGGUCUUCGAGGGCGACAAGAUGAAGGGCGUCUCCAAGGCAGGUUUCGGCCUGCUCCAGUGGGUCAAGGCCAUGGUCGCCUACUACGAGGUGGCCAAGGGGGUGGAGCCGAAGCGCAAGCGGGUGCAGGAGCUCGAGGCGCAGAAGGAGGAGGCUGCGGAGAACCUCAAGCGGAUCAACAAGGAGCUCGCGGACCUGGGCCAGAAGCUUGGGGAACUCACGGCCGACGAGCAGGAGAAGAGCGCCACACUCAAGGGGCUCAAGGAGGAGGCGGAGCUGAUGACGCGGCGGCUGAACUCCGCAUCUCAGCUCAUCGACGGCCUGGGCUCCGAGAGGAUACGCUGGACCCAGGACCUGAAGGUGAUGUCGCAGGUGAUGGAGCGUCUGGUGGGUGACUGCCUCCUGUGCGCCGCGUUCGUCAGCUACGCGGGGCCCUUCAACCACGAGUUCAGGACGGAGAUGGUGUACAAGAACUGGCUGGCGGAGGUCGCGCAGAAGCAGAUCCAGCAGACCGAAGAUUUCAGGCUCGAGACGCUGCUCACCUCGGACGUGGAGAUCGCAGCGUGGUCCGGCCACGGGCUGCCCAGCGACGAGCUCUGCGUGCAGAACGGCAUCCUCGUCACGCAGUCCGCCCGCUGGCCUCUCUGCGUCGACCCGCAGAUGCAGAUCGUGCAGUGGAUCAAGCGCAAGGAGGAGAAGAGCGGGCUCAUCGUGAAGACGUUCAACGACGAGUUCACAAAGUUCUUGGAGCUGGCGAUCCAGUACGGCAAGACCUUCCUCUUCGAGAACCUGGACGAGGAGCUGGAUCCCAUGAUCGACCCCAUCCUGGAGAAGCGGUUCGUGCUCUUGAAUGGGCAGAAAGUCAUCACCCUCGGCGACAACCAGAUCGAGUGGAACGAGAGUUUCGUGCUGAUGAUGACCACGAAGCUGAGCAACCCCAAGUACACUCCCGAGGUAAUGGGCAAGGCUUCCAUCGUGAACUGCGUCAUCACCCUCGACGGUCUCGCGGCGCAGCUCCUGAACGUCGUCGUGGGCUUCGAGCGGCCGGACCUGGAGGAGCUGAGGCAGAGCACUGUGCAGCAGAUGUCUGAGAAUCGGCAGGUGAGGCAGUCCCUUGAGGACACCCUCCUGCGCGAGCUCGCGGCCUCCAAGGGCAGCAUCCUGGACAACGACGAGCUCAUCCAGACGCUGCGCAACGCGAAGACGAAGUCUAUCGAGAUCGGCGAGGCCCUGGAGACGGCCAAGAACACGUCCAUGGAGAUCGACAAGAACAGGGAGCUGUACCAGAAGGUGGCGAAGCGCGGCUCCAUCCUCUACUUUGCAAUGUCUGGGCUGGCGGCCAUCAGCGAGAUGUAUGAGUACUCGCUGGGCAGCUAUUUGGGCGUCUUCACCACUGCGCUGCAGGAGGCGAAGCCCGACAAGAUCGUCGAUAACCGCCUCAAGAACAUCCGCGACAAGAUGACCCAAACGAUGUACGACUACACCUGCUUGGGAAUAUUUGAGAAGCACAAGCUACUCUUCAGCUUACAGAUGACGACGAUGAUCCUCGACAAUGAAAUGGGAGAGCUCAACGCGCGCGAGUUCGAUUUCUACAUGAAGGGCAACCCCGCGGGCCGCGGAUAA